AUGCCUAGGAACAAUGGCUUUCCCUGCCUUCGUUACCUCUACUUGCGAUGUGGAAGAUUUAUCGAGGCUUGGUCCACGCUUGAAUGUCCAGCAACAACUGUCGCUCUACCCGUGGUCACUCGAGUACUAAACCGAGCUUACAUCUACUUACUUCAUGUACACACUUAUAUUACAAUAAUACACCUGCUUUAG